AUGGGCGCGCCGCCGGAGCACUGCCAGUUCAACGGUUGGGCCUCCGUGUGGUUGGCCCUGAUGUGGCCGUUGUCGCCCCGCCACCUUGUGUUUGAUGAGCAGAAUGGAGGUCCGGGCGUCGACAUAGCUGUCGCGCUCUAUAUCAUUCUCCUCUUCUCAUCCUCCAAUCCACCGUAGUAAUAAUGCUGGUGGUUGUUGAGGUCCUCCUCCGACGCCUUCUGGCCAUCCACCGGCACCGAGUGGGGCACGAACCAUUCGGCCCUCAGGAGCAGGUGUCCAAGGUUGGGUGGACGAUGAGCACCUCGAAGGACGGCUUGCACUGCGGACAGGUUGGGUUCUUGUCCCUGUACGACGCCCAUCUCAGGGUGCCGGUGGCGCCGAAGGAGAAAGAAAGUGUGGAGAAAUAAACGGCUUCGUGCUAUUUAUUCUCCACUCUUCCCCUCCCAGUCUGCGUCACCUGCACCAUGAGCUGGGCUUCCUGCAAGGACAGGAACCCGACCUUCCCGCCUUGCAAGCUACCCUUCGGAUUCCUCAUCAUCCACCGGAUCCCGGACGCCUACUCCUGAGGGCCUAGUGGAUUAUGCCAUUGUCGGCGCCGGUGGAUGACCAAGAGGCGACGGAGGAGGACCUCAGCCAGUGUCAGUAUGCUUACUGAGGCGGAUUGGAGGAGGAAGAGGAGGAGGACCUCACCAGGAGCUCGAGGAGCACUAAUACGUCGCCCCCAGGUCGUCCACUCUGCUCCUCAGCAGCAGGCGGUGGGGUGACCAUGGCCAUAUCAGGGCCGGCCACAAGGAGGUUCGGCCGGUGAACUAGUGGGGCCUCUGACGACGCCGAUUCACCGUCGGUGGCGGCAACCAGUGGGGCUUUCUCGUCCUGGUUCUUAUCCUUGUCCCAUAAGACUAAGGACGCAGCAGAGAGGACGAGGUGUGACGGCGGUGGAGAGGCAGGCAAAGAGGGCCAUGAAGUGGAAAGCGGGAGACAAGGCUGCGGCCACAAAGCACCGGCAGUGCUUCGACAAGCUGGGGUGAGGAUAGGGGAUGGAUGGAUUAAUAGUCCCUGGGUGAGGGAUGACGGUGGCUCACUAUUCGCCUCCUCCCUCGGCUCCCUUUCCCCCUCUUUUGUGGUGGUAACAAGGCCUGUAGAUGCUGCUUGGCUGAGUGAGUAGCGAAAGGGAAAGCAGCCGCCAUAGUCGUCGCUCUUCUGUGUUAUGUUGCUCUCUCCUUUUGUUGUGGUCGUUCUUCUUUGCUGCGUUUCCCUAUCGGCUCUGGUUUGGUAUGUGGGCGGGCUGUUCUUUUUUCUUGGCGUUAUUCUUCUUAUUUGCUCGUUGUCUUCCAUUUACUAGACAUCAGCAUAUUUUCUUGCGUGCUUGGUCACGUUGUGAUCUGUGGUUUUUCAACCACUGGAAGCUGUUUAAGAGUGAACGAGAGAGAGAGAGAGAGAGAGAGGGAGAGAGGGAGAGAGAGAUUCAUAGUAAAAGGUAGAGAAAGUCUUUGGGCACUGAAGGCUCGAGACCCGGGGGGUUCCACACCGUCCAUGGACACGCUAAGCUCAUGAGUCAUCGACUAUAAACAAAGAUAUCAAUGAGCACAAUGGUUCUAAAAUUUUCUAUGAACCCAUUUUCUACGAAUUUUUAAUGGUGCUUUCUCAUUAUCACCUGAUUUUAAAACUUUAUUCGUGAAUUUAGGCAAAUAUCAAUAUACUCUUACCUGACAGUGGAACAUCUUGUCUGCUUGGUAAUGGCGUGCUUCCUUAUCCUUCACACAAUAUAUGAAAAUUAUUGGCAAAAGCAUAGCAGAUACGUAAUACAGCAUUUCAAAAAGCUAAGUAAGAACACAAUUUUAAAUCUGGCUUUUUCUCCCAAGGAUGCAUCUUUCCUCUGUUUAUGCCGUGUGUGAAAUCUCCAGUCAUUCACCGUCGGCAUGAUUGAUAUCACCUCAAUAAUACCGGAGAAACAAUAAAAUAUAAUCGGCAUAAGAUAACCGCUCUAAUAAAAUAGAAUCCUGGGUGUCCACCAGUUUCGACCCUGUUUUUAUUUUCUUAAUUUUCUCAUUUUACGUAGUCUACCGUGUUUUUGUUAUUUAUGUCCUACAGAGUGGACAAGCAUGGAAAGUUAUUCCACGGACGGGAAGGGCUUAUUAAAAAUGCACGCAAUUGCGCUAGUACACGAUCGUCGCCAACCUCCGUCGGCCUCACAGUGAGGCAGUGCUGUUGAGGUAAGCGCACAUGAUUCUUGCAGAACCCACAUGAACUUUUUGGUGCAUCUUCGGGGGAUCCACCUGCCGCCCCUACCGCCCCUGCCGCCUACAAAAUCCUCCUGCUGCGUCUGAUCUGUCUUCCGGUGAUCGUACAAAUCUGAAAGCCGUUCUUGGACGCUGUCUGUGGCGGGCGAACGCGGUGCGGGCCCCAUCUUCCCUCCUCCCUCCUCCUUCCCCCCGCGCAUCGCGCGUCCGAUAGCGCGACCGGCUCUACGUCGGCGGUCGCCCCUGUGGAGAAGGUAAUGUGCUCUGAGUCUGCGAAUCUUGUGAUUUACUCCGUUGAAGAGCUGAGUCGCCGGGGACGGUGUUGGCGACGGGGUCUUUCCGUUUCUUGUUUUCCUUUUUCCCUUGAUCUGUUGGGGGUAUCUUGAUUUGACAGAUUCUGUAUCGCUUCGUAAUCCCACGGGCAUGGAAUGGAUCUGUAUUGUCAGGCCGUCCGCGUGAUCGGGAGGGAGGAGGAGAUUCCUGGGUCUUCUCUGGAGGUGUCGGUCAGGAGUGGGAUUUGCGCGAUUUGCUUGGAGAAGAUCGUUCAGGAGACGGCUGUGGCCAAAGCUCGCGAGCACGCCUAGUGGUUUUUAAUUCCUCUCGUUAGUUUUCUUGGACACCUCUCCAUCCCUCUUGCUAGUAUUUAACCCUAUCUGGUUUCUCUCUCUCUCUCUUUCUCUGGCACACGCACUCUCUCUCUCUCUCUCCCUCUCUACUGUCCUCGGAGUUCCCCGAGUCCACGGUUCGUAGUCCGCUCUCCGCCUUGGAGAAGAUCGUCGUCGUCUAGAUCGCGAGAGCCUUUGUCCGGUUGCGUCGCCACUGUCUCGUCAUCUACAGUGCCCAAUCAUCUCUUCUCCCUCUCCCUUUUAUUAUCUAAAUCUCUCGUGUUUCUCUCGAGCAUCAUAAACCACCUUACGUCCACCACCGUUUAAAUCUCUCGUGUGUCGUUACCCUGCUGAAGCACACACAAGUUGUUUCUUGUUCUCCAUGUGCGGCGAUGUUUACUCUGACAAAGCAAGUCAAAUCUCAUUUGACUUGGUGAUUGCAAUGUGAGUCAACCGUUACAAGAAACAGACGAGAUUAUGGCUGUGGUUUGUAUUGUUGCGGCCGUCCACAUGCAUCAUUGAUAGUGUUUAUUUUCCUGAUUAGCAAAGCAUGCGUAAUAUUUGUUUAUUUUUUCCAGUCUAUUGAAUGUACGAGAUUAAACUCAGAAUUUUUAAUCAAUCAGCAAAUGGUUACUCCUUUCGAUUGUUGGCAGAAUUUGAGAUUUUUGUACUACUUGAACCCAUUUAUCUCCCGAUAUGGCCUACAAUCUUACUCUGCAUAAUACCUGGGACUAACUUUUUCAUUCAGUGUAGAGUUACGUAUUAAACUCAUUGUCUCAACGGUUUCCUUCAUGGCCUAAAAAUAACCAUCGAGCAAGAGAUCAUGAACGCAAUAUCUGUAAAUCUUUUAUAAUGUUUUCUCACUAUCAUGAAUGCAAUAUCAGGAACUUUUUGGCGCGCUUUCGCGGGAUGUACCUGCCGUCCCCCGACGCCUAUAAGACCUGGUGCUGGGCGUCUGGUGAUCGUUCCUAUCAAGAAGCUUCUCGUGGACGUCUGGUGAUCGUUCCUAUCAAGAACCUGGUGAGUGCGCUGUUAGCCCCUUCUUUCCUCCUCCUGCCUUCUCCUCCUCGUUCCCCCAGCCCAUCGCCCUUGCGGCAUGGCAGGGGGCGUCCGGUAGCGCGACCGGGUCUACGUUGGCGUUCAUCCCCGUGGAGAAGGUAAUGCGCUCGGACUCUUGAGCUUUACUCCGUCGACAAGGAGUCGGGAGUCUUUCCGUUUCUUGUUUUCCUUUUUCCCGAGAUCUGUUGGAGGUAUCUUGAUUUGAGAGAUUUUCUAGGGUUUCGUAAUUCCACGGGUACGGACUGGAUCUCUAUUGUCCGGCCGUCAGCGUGAUUGGGAAGGAGGGGGGGACUCCUCGGUCUUCCCAGGAGGAGACGGUCGGGGGUUAGGACUUGCGUGAUUUGCUCGGAGAAGAUCGCCCUUCGGGAGACGGCUGUGGUCAAAGCUCGCGAGCACGCCAAGUGGUUCGUCCUGGACAUCUCUCUCUAUUUCACGUGUUAUUUUGAUAUCCCGGAUGUGCUUCAAUUGUCGUGUAUCGAGAUAUGGUUUCCGGCGCUUUGUUGCUCCUGAGGGGCGACUUUUGCAUGGCCGAUUCACCGUCGGUGGCGGCAACCGGUGGUGCUUUCUCCUCGUCCUGGUUCUUAUCCUUGUGCCAUAAGACUAAGGACGCAGCAAAGAGGACGAGGCGGUGACGGCCGUGGAGAGGCAGGGAGAGAGGGCCAUGAAGUGCGAAGCGGGAGACAAGGCUGCGGCCACAAAGCACCAGCAGUGCUUCGACAAGCUGGGGUGAGGAUAGGGGAUGGAUGGAUUAAUAGUCCCUGGGUGAGGGAUGAUGAUGGCUCACUAUUCGCCUCCUCCCUCCGCUCCCUUUCCUCCCCUUUUGCGGUGGUAAUAAGGCUCGUAGAUGCUGUUUGGCUGAGUGAGUAGCGAAAGGGAAAGCAGCCGCCAUAGUCGUCGUUCUUCUGUGUUAUGUUGCUCUCUCCUUUUGUUGUUGUUGUCGUUGUCGUUGUUCUUCGCUGCGUUUCCCUAUCGGCUCCGGUUUCGUUUGUGGGUGCGCUGUUAUCUUCUUUGAACGUUAUUCUUCUUCUCUGUUGUUCUUCAUCUCCUGGACACCAGCUUCCCUCUCUUUCUUUAUCUAUAUAUAUGCAUCUCCCGCCUAGUCUCUCCCUCACACACAAGCACGCUCAGAUCCAUCUUCUUCUCUGCUACGUGGAAGAGACGGGAGCUCGGGGCCUGUUCGGCCGGAAAAGGAACUCCUGCCUGCGGUCGCACUUGCAUUUGAUGCACGUCGCCACUUCCUCCGACUCUUCCCCGGCCACCUCCCCGGAGGCGGCCCUCCCUCCUCCCGCCCACCCACCAGCCGCCGAUCGUCAAGAAACCCACAAGGCGCAGAAGAGAGGGAGAGAGAAAGAGACGGCAGCACUCUUUCGCGUUUGAGAACCCGUCGGAGUAGGUGGCGAAGAUGUGCGCCAAGUGCAACUGCGCCCGCAGGCAGGAGGUCCCUUACCACCCGGACAGGGACUACGCCCAAGGACGGGCUACGCCGAGGUUCUCAUCCUGAGGUGGGUCCCGUCGGCGCCGAUGUCCGGAAGGUGUACUGCUCAUCCCACAGGUAAUUCUCUGCUUCCCAAAGCUAUGGGUCCAGGAAAAAUGAUUGAAUGAAAAGGAGUGGAGGCCUUUUUCUUAGAAAGAGAUCACGAGAGAUAGAUAGCGAGGGGGAGAGAGAGAGAGAGAGAGACAGAGAGAUACCUGUGUCCUUCUCUGCCGGUUGCGCCGUCGUCCUGCUCGACCUGGCUAAAAAAAGAGGAAUAAGCCGUCGGGAGAACUAAACCCACUUAUGGCGGCACCCUCUUCUCUCUCUCACCCACUCGCUCACACACACACAGUCGGGGAUCUCGGUUUGGACUCUGAUUUCUUCUUUCAUUUAUAUCUGACUGAUAUACACAACAAAAAAUUGGCAGGCAAGCAUAUGGGCACUAUGGUCUCCGUGAUUACACGAAACAAAAGGUAAAUAAUGCCGCCUUGUCCACCACUUCCCUCUUCAUGGCCUUGUUUGCCCGCCUCCCCAACACCACCUCCACCACCCCCCCUUUUUCCAGCUUCUUGUCCCUAUGGGUCGAGGACGAGGGCGGUGAGGAGAACAAGCUGUUGGUUUCUGCUGUCGGCUGGGGAUGGGCGCCGCCGGAGCACUGCCAGUUCAACGGUUGGGCCUCCGUGUGGUUGGCCCUGAUGUGGCCGUUGUCGCCCCGCCACCUUGUGUUUGAUGAGCAGAAUGGAGGUCCGGGCGUCGACAUAGCUGUCGCGCUCUAUAUCAUUCUCCUCUUCUCAUCCUCCAAUCCACCGUAGUAAUAAUGCUGGUGGUUGUUGAGGUCCUCCUCCGACGCCUUCUGGCCAUCCACCGGCACCGAGUGGGGCACGAACCAUUCGGCCCUCAGGAGCAGGUGUCCAAGGUUGGGUGGACGAUGAGCACCUCGAAGGACGGCUUGCACUGCGGACAGGUUGGGUUCUUGUCCCUGUACGACGCCCAUCUCAGGGUGCCGGUGGCGCCGAAGGAGAAAGAAAGUGUGGAGAAAUAAACGGCUUCGUGCUAUUUAUUCUCCACUCUUCCCCUCCCAGUCUGCGUCACCUGCACCAUGAGCUGGGCUUCCUGCAAGGACAGGAACCCGACCUUCCCGCCUUGCAAGCUACCCUUCGGAUUCCUCAUCAUCCACCGGAUCCCGGACGCCUACUCCUGAGGGCCUAGUGGAUUAUGCCAUUGUCGGCGCCGGUGGAUGACCAAGAGGCGACGGAGGAGGACCUCAGCCAGUGUCAGUAUGCUUACUGAGGCGGAUUGGAGGAGGAAGAGGAGGAGGACCUCACCAGGAGCUCGAGGAGCACUAAUACGUCGCCCCCAGGUCGUCCACUCUGCUCCUCAGCAGCAGGCGGUGGGGUGACCAUGGCCAUAUCAGGGCCGGCCACAAGGAGGUUCGGCCGGUGAACUAG